GGAGAACAGAGCAGCGCUGGGGCCGGGCUCUGGGCUGGACACACCCUCAAGGCCUCUCUGGGAAGGUGGCCUGGUCAGCUGGUCCACGCCUGUGACGACCAGGGUCGUGCGGGGCUCACAGCGGUGACCGGCGGCUCUCCCAGCCUCAGGAGUCCUUGCAGAUCCUCCGCUUGGCGCAAGGCAAGGAUGCGUGAAAUCGUCCACAUCCAGAUUGGCCAGUGUGGCAACCAGAUCGGAGCCAAGUUCUGGGAGGUGAUCGGCGAGGAGCACGGCAUCGACGCAGCGGGGAGCGACUGCGGGGCCUCUGCCUUGCAGCUGGAGAGACUCAGCGUGUACUACAAUGAAGCCUACGGUAGGAAAUACGUGCCCCGAGCAGUCCUGGUGGACCUGGAGCCGGGGACGAUGGACAGCAUCCGGUCAAGCAGGCUGGGGGCCCUCUUUCAGCCGGACAGUUUUGUGCACGGGAACUCUGGGGCUGGCAACAACUGGGCCAAGGGCCACUACACCGAGGGAGCUGAGCUGAUGGAGACCGUCAUGGACGUGGUGAGGAGCGAGAGCGAGAACUGCGACUGUCUGCAGGGCUUCCAGAUCGUCCACUCCCUGGGCGGGGGCACGGGCUCGGGCAUGGGCACCCUGCUCAUGAACAAGAUCCGCGAGGAGUACCCCGACCGCAUCCUCAACUCCUUCAGCGUCAUGCCCUCGCCCAAGGUCUCGGACACGGUGGUGGAGCCCUACAACGCCGUGCUGUCCAUCCACCAGCUCAUCGAGAACACGGACGCCUGCUUCUGCAUCGACAACGAGGCCCUCUACGACAUCUGCUUCCGCACGCUCAAGCUGACCACGCCCACCUACAGCGACCUCAACCACCUGGUGUCCCUGACCAUGAGUGGCAUCACCACCUCCCUGCGCUUCCCCGGCCAGCUCAACGCCGACCUGCGCAAGCUGGCCGUGAACAUGGUGCCCUUCCCGCGCCUGCACUUCUUCAUGCCGGGCUUUGCUCCGCUCACAGCCCAGGGCAGCCAGCAGUACCGGGCCCUGUCCGUGGCCGAGCUCACCCAGCAGAUGUUUGACGCCCGCAACACCAUGGCUGCCUGCGACCCCCGCCGGGGCCGCUACCUGACGGUGGCCUGCAUCUUCCGUGGCAAGAUGUCCACCAAGGAGGUGGACCAGCAGCUGCUGUCCGUGCAGACCAGGCACAGCAGCUGCUUCGUGGAGUGGAUCCCCAACAACGUCAAGGUGGCCGUCUGCGACAUCCCGCCCCGCGGGCUGAACAUGGCCGCCACCUUCAUAGGCAACAACACGGCCAUCCAGGAGCUCUUCGGCAGGGUGUCCGAGCACUUCUCGGCCAUGUUCAAGAGGAAAGCCUUCGUGCACUGGUACACGAGUGAAGGGAUGGAUGUGAGCGAGUUUGGGGAAGCCGAAAGCAACAUCCACGACCUGGUGUCUGAGUACCAGCAAUUCCAGGACGCCACGGCGGCCCUGGAGGACGAGGCCGAGCAGGAGGCCGAGGUGGAACGAGAUGCGGAGGACCCUCAGCCGUGAGGGAGCACCUCGGGGGUCCUGUCGGGCCCGCCCUGCACUGCAGCACGCCGACGCACCUGCUCUGGCACGGGCACUGCCGCGGGAGGGGGCGGGGGAAGGGCUGAUGGGCACUCGGUCUCCUGCUGACAUCUGCUAACCAGAGUUUGAUAUUCAGUGCACACUUGAUUAACUUCUCAUUGUCAAGUGAAUUUCUGAGGGUACUGCAAAAAGUUCACGGAGAAAUGGAAUUCAAAGAUAAGUUUGAUGCAAAAAAAAAAAAAAAAAAAAACAAACCCACACUGAAAUCCAGGCGUAGCUUCUUUAAUGACACUCAUCUCCCAGGAGCUCUCUCAGGCCCUUGCCUGGCUCCUGUGCCAGGCGCCCAGGCCGCGGUGUGGGUCUGCAGGGAGCCGGGGCGGUCCGUGGAUGUCCUCCCUCGGUGCCCCGGGGCUGCCGACACCCUACCCCCUCCCUCUCCUUGGCAAACACUCCCGGGCCCCUCGCCUUGUCUUUGUUGGUCCCCACCAAGGCCAGCGACGACCAGGACCAGCACGUGGGGAGCCACAGGGUCAAAUCCUGUCCCUGUGAACAGCUAUGGCCCCCUCCCCACCCCAACCGAAGUCCCUGACCAAAAAAAAUACAGAACAAGACAGGCCAGCCAGGAGCACUCCAGCCCGGUCUGUGCUUCUGCAUGGCCCCCUUCAAGCCUGCGCUCUACGGGUUUCUGGCGAGCAUGCGACUCCCAGGACCAUUCACGGCCACCGUCGGUUUGGCUUUUCACUUCCAUUCAGCGAUCACCUCCCCCCCCGGCCCCGGCGGCCACUGCCACGCGGGAACAGGGCAGUGGCUGCGCUGUCCUCCUCAGUCCAGGGCACGUGUCGGGAGUUUGUGGAGUCCAGGUCAAUUUGUAGAAGUUGCCAUGAAUGUUAGCGUGACGACGCAGCUUUAACCAUCCGUGACCUUAAUCGGCUCACGCAAGACAGAACCAAACACCCAAGGGCAGUCAAAUCCCCCGCCACCCCUCAGUUUGCCUGUUCCGCCCUGCGGCACUGCCACCCUGGCCGGUGCCGUGGGGGUCUUGGUGGCCUCCUGGCAUUGCGGCCGAGUCCUCUGGGAUUCACCGGCCACCAGCGCUGGGAGGACGCUCCCUCGCCGCGGGAAGCUGGCUCUCUUCUGCACGUGCGCCAUGGCCAUCAGCUGUCACGCAUCCAGAGACUGCUCUGCACAGGCGCACAAGUGACUAAAACACACAGCAAGGAUGAGCCUCGCCGUCGGCAUCACCAACGAGCCUGCGACGUACAAAUUAGACACAACGCGCUGCUUCUGGCCCUUCCUAGAGAGAGAUUGUGGAAACUCGGCUGUCACACUCGGGCUCGGAGCUGGGGCUCCCGAGAUGCUAAGAGGCCUUACAGGCCUGAGGCUGCAGAGCUCACAGCCCCGCUCAGACCAACGAGGGGACUGGACGCCAGGAAAGGCGACGCGAGCCUUUACCAAAGAGCUGCUGCCGGUUCCCAGGGCUGCAAAGAUGUGUGCUCGCAAUGGUCAUCGUUAAAGUGCAGAAAACCCACUUUAAAUGGCUAAAUCGCUUUAUUUCAGGCUAAAUAAAGUCCUCUUCUUGGCGCCUCGCCACCCAGAC